AUGGCUUCACCACGCUUCGACGGAUCGCCAGAACAGGCAGCGCUCGAUGUGCACAGGCUCGAGUCGGACUGCGGCGAUUACGAAAGCGUGGUGAUGGUGAAGCUCACCGACGAGAUCGUUGCGGCUCUUAUGCAAGCCCAGCGAAAAGGACUUCCGAUUCGGGUUCAUAUAGAAGAGCAGGGCGGUAAAUGGGAACUCGGUGAUCCAUCUAACGGAGGACGAGUUUUUCGUUAUCAACAGCAAGCUCUGCCUGGUCCCCCUACCGAUGCUGUCGUCCAUGAUCCUCGGGCCGGAACACAUCGUGCCGUCGCUGCUUUUCGUAGCAAAUAUCAGAUCCAAGCAACCGAUAAAUCGUUUGCGGAUACGAGGGAGCGUGCACAGAAACUCAUCGAAGAGGAGAAAAGUCGUGGCACAAAAGACGUAACAAAACAUCGACAAAAGGGUAGUCUUCUUAAAACGGGUACGCCACGUCUCGGUUCAGCCUCUUCAUCACAAAAUGUCUCACCUCUACUGAGAACACUCGACAGUUCCUCCUCUCGUAGCAGUCCCAACAAGUUUGCCAAUUCUACGGGUACCAACGGCAAUGCUUCAUUACAAAAUGGCGGAUCUUCGGGAACAGCUCGAGCGACGCCUACGCAACACCUUAAUAGCGAGUUGCGGAAGAAGAAGCUACGUCAGCGGAUAAUUCAGCUAGUCGUGUUGGGAAAAUUUUCUGGUGCCGAUCUAGUCCUACGUCAACUGCGUAAAGAUGGAUUGAAUGAAGAAGCGGGUAUUGAGCGUCGUGUCGAAGACAUUGUACGCGAAGUGUCUGAACCGUCUGGUAGCGGUUCGACAAAAAUCACUCUUAAGCCAUCGCUUUAUGGUGAGGUGGAUACUCGAUGGUUAUGGUAUAACCAAGAAGAAAAAGCCUAUGUACGUCGGGUCACUCAAGGCUUAUCGUCGUCUCAAACGAAAAGCACUACUUUCGCACCAAUGCGGAAAAGUGGCAUGGAACGUAUGCAGGCUCCGGGUCAUUCAUCUUCGAGCUCUAAUUCAUCGGGUCAGACUGUCAGUCCUGAAGCCAUUCCAACACCACCGAAUUCAAGACCAGCCUCAGCUGUGUCAGCUCCGAUUCGGAAAACACCGCCACCCAAAAAUCCGAAUACCACGGUGUUGAAUGGAAGCCGGGAACAAACACCUUCAUUGGCGUUCAGGAUCAAUCGGAGUCCUCCUCACCAACCUGAAGUGCCAUCUGCAAACAAGCGUAAGGCUCAUGUUCCGGUAUCGAAUCAACAGCGUCCAAACGACGGGAAACGGCCGCGUCAAGAAAGUGCUAGUCCACCAGAAGAUCCUACUAACCAUCCGCAACAUAAUCAGAAGCUAGCUGCUCGUUCGGGCGGUAGUACGGCAUCGUCACGUCUUAGCUCACCCUGUAGUUUAUCAUCACCUACUCAACCUUCGUGUGAUUGGGAUAAAAGUUACGGCGAGAUUAAAAAUGUACAAGAAGCUGAAAAAUACUUUGCUCUUUUCCAACACGAGUACCCGGAGUAUUUGGAGUGUUAUAGGACCUUGAAUGAGGUUGCAAAGGAGUUCCGUCAGCUUGAAAUGCAGCUGAAGAACGCUGUUGAGAAUCGCAGAGAUACCACAAAGGUCGAGCAAACAAUUCAGAUGCGUUUCGCUCACUUUGAUAAGGAUCCAGAAUUCAUAAAGACUCGGCAACGUUACGCAGAUCUGCAUUCGAAGUUGGCGGUACUCAAGUCCCGUAUAUCGGAUUUUGAACGUGCUCAAGAUGCGGCUGCAGGUGCGUCGACGACGGCAGUUCCGAUGGAUCUUUGUGAUUUGGAAUAG